AGAGCAAGAGAGUCCUUGGAGCGAUGGCGAUAGAUCUGUUAGCUGUAUUAAAAUACGAACUCGCAUUAAUAAUCUCGGUUUGUAACCGCUGAGCGUCACAGCCAGAUGUACUUUUUGUUCCCUUGUUUACUCCAUUCAUUCCGGGGGCUUUAAAUGACCUCAUCGCGCACGUGGCCUCCCGGGCCCCUUGACAACAGCCCCGGAAUCCACCGCAGCCCCACCCCAGCCGUCCGCUCGGGGUGGGGGAAGGGGUGGGGGGGUGUCUCCAACCCAAACAAAGGGACGGAGCGGCUCGCUCUCACAGCGGCCACCCUCGAGACUCCUCGAGCUCUCAGAUCCAAACCCGAGACCGGACAUGGCGAUCGCGCACGUGGCCACCGAGUACGUGUUCUCGGACUUCCUGCUGAAGGAGCCCUCCGACAAAGGGGGGUCGCGGGGCGUGCGCGUGGAGCGCUCCGUGGACAAGGUUACGACGUUCAUCUCCGUGGGGCUGCCACUCCUGCUCAUCUCGCUGGCCUUCGCGCAGGAGGUGUCCGUGGGAACCCAGAUCAGCUGCUUCCCUCCCUCCAGUUUCUCGAUACGUCAGGCCGCCUAUGUGGACUCCUUCUGCUGGGCGGCCGUGCAGCACAACCGCAUGUCCACUGAGGAGACCCGUCACCUGCCCCUCUGGUUGCAUAAGUACUUCCCUUACAUGCUCCUCCUGGUAGCCCUCUUCAUGUACUUGCCAUCCGUCAUCUGGCGUUUCACAGGCACACCACACCUCUUCGCUGACCUUAACUUCAUGUUGGAAGAGCUGGACCGCACCUACAACCGUGCUAUCAAAAGAGCAGAGGCCUUGGUAUCUGGCAAGGAGCCUGGCGACAACCAAGGGUCCUCAGACAGGUGCUUUAAGUACCCGCUGGUUGGUCAGUACCUCAAAACCAAGAGGUCUUCUAGGAACCUGGUAGUCAAAUACCUGUUCUGCCGUGCUUUGACACUUGUGACCCUGGUGAUGGCCUGCUUCUAUCUGGGCUACUACAUUAGCCUGGCAUCCACCACUGACGAAUUCACCUGUGACAUCCGCACAGGUCGCCUGCGCAACAGCAGCAAUGUACCAAGUGCCUUCCAGUGCAAGCUGGUUGCUGUGGGCAUCUUCUGGCUGCUCAGCUCCAUCAACCUGCUGGUGUACAUCCUUCUGGCACCCCUAGUGGUGUAUGCUGCCAUUGCACCUCUGCGCCAGGGUGCCGCCUUCCUGCGGCCGUACGAGGCGCUGCCUGAUUUUGGGGAGCUGGACCUGACCCCACCCUUCUGCAACGACCUGGGCAUAUACCUCUGCUUCUUGGAGGAGAACCUGAGUGAACUGAAGUCGCACCGCUGCCUGCUGGUCCUGGCUCGGCUGCAGGAGGAGGCAGGUGACUCGACACUGGAUAUCGAGUGCCUCCUACGCACCUUGGGCCAAGUGAAAACAGAUGGGCUGGACAGCAGCUCUUUGACCACACUCAAGGCCAAGGAUGAUUGUACCCCGCAGCUGAACGAUGUUCCCUCUGUGUUGGAUGAUGCGCUGUUGAAAGACUCAAAGCAAAGUAAUAAGAAGAAUGAGAAGAUGGCACGUUAGAGCGUCAUGUGUUGGCCUUGAACAGGAGAUGGAUCUUGUGACAAAGCAUAUAAUGCUGGAUCUACAGCCUAAUGGCAUGGCUUUAUGGAAUGAAAAUUCUGCCUUUAAGAAAAUCAAGCCUUACGAGUAUUACAUCACACUCAUACUUUUAAUAAUUGAAAUUUCAUUGAUAUUUGAAAUAUGCAGUUGUUUUGUAAAUGCCAAGCUCUCCUUCUCUUAAGUCCUUUAAAUUUCACUUUUGAAAUAGUACAGCUGACUACCUCUACUCAGUAGGAUGCUCUGAUAACGCAAACACUGGAUUUUAUGAACCUGAAAAAGUUUAAGUGCCGAAUGUGAAUUUUCCAUGUGUCUCUUUUUAAAAAUUAGCCAGUGGAAGGUCCCUUUAUUACCAGCCCUUUAAAUGCUCAGUAAUAAUUACUGAUUGUCAGUUUGUUUGAAACUAGUCUCUCUAGAGGUGGUUUCUUUCUCAAAGAAUGACCUUGACAGAAAGGGUCAGCAGGUGGCAUAGUGAUUAUUGCUGACACUAUGGAACCUGGAUAACUUUACUGUGUAAUCACUGUGAAGUUGAUUAUCUAACAUGGUAAGUGACCUUGGAUUAAUGGUUAAUAAUAAAUAAAGGUUUUGUUAAUAGGAUGCUUUCUGACACUAAAGGAUUUUUUAGUGUGAACAAGAACUCAGAAUGUGGCCUUCCUAUUAGUGAUAAUGACUUAAUUGGAUAGCUUUGUAGAUACGCAUUUUAUUUGUGUAUAAUGUAAGUGCCAGCUAACCAUAUUUUUAUUUUGCCAUUUCAACAAGUAUUGUGUUUUUAAGUCGAUGGUACCCAUUCCGCUAUUUAAAACUGUGGAGCAUGAAAUGCUGUGAAAUAUUAAUUCAUGUUUGGAUGGCUUUGUAUUUAUUAUGUUUUAUUUGUAACUUGAUACUGCUCUGACUCAUGAAUAUUUAUUAACAUUAGAGCUACAAAAGCCAUACAGAGCUGUUACAGGAGCCUAGGGGGCAGGUCUAAAGGCUUAAGGGGCGUGACUGCUGCAUGUUUAUAGGAUAGUUCACAAGCCACAGAAAACACAGAUUUGCCUCA